CCGGGCCCCGCGCCCGGGAGAUCGGUGCCCAUCCUCUGCUUGAGGACCCGCGGCGCGCAGGCUUCUGCUUUCCCUGUAGCCAGGGUGCCUCCCCGCCCCUGGCCGAGAGUGUUUUCCCUCGGGCCAGUGCCUGCGAUUCGACUCCUUUGUCGCCGUGCCCCGAUAAAGCUGCGCGUCUUGUGUCCUAGAUGAAGAGGAAUUGGGGAUGGCCUGAGGACUUGCGCCGUGAGUUUGGUCGCUAUGGCCCUAUAGUAGACGUUUACAUUCCACUUGACUUCUACACCCGCCGCCCAAGAGGAUUUGCUUAUGUUCAAUUUGAAGAUGUUCGCGAUGCUGAAGAUGCUCUUUAUAACCUCAAUAGAAAGUGGGUAUGUGGCCGUCAAAUUGAAAUACAGUUUGCACAAGGUGAUCGAAAAACACCAGGCCAAAUGAAAUCAAAAGAACGUCACCCUUGUUCUCCAAGUGAUCAUAGGCGGUCAAGAAGCCCCAGCCAAAGGAGAACUCGAAGUAGAAGCUCUUCAUGGGGAAGAAAUAGGAGACGAUCUGAUAGCCUUAAAGAGUCUCGACACAGGCGAUUUUCUUAUAGCCAAUCUAAAUCUCGCUCCAAAUCACUACCAAGGCGGUCUACCUCAGCAAGGCAGUCAAGAACUCCAAGAAGGAAUUCUGGUUCUAGAGGACGGUCAAGGUCCAAGUCGUUACCAAAAAGAUCCAAGUCAAUAGGAAAAUCACAAUCAAGUUCACCUCAAAAGCAGACUAGCUCAGGAACCAAAUCAAGAUCACAUGGAAGACAUUCUGACUCCAUAGCAAGAUCCCCUUGUAAAUCUCCCAAGGGGUAUACCAAUUCUGAAGCUAAAGCACAAACAGCAAAACACUCUCAUUUUCGAUCACAUUCCAGAUCUCGGAGUUAUCAUCAUAAAAACAGCUGGUGAACAGCAGCAGAAGAGUGCUACAUAGUCUUGAAUAUAAGUCAUUAAACCUCUCAUUAUGCUAAAUAAAAAUUCUUCAAGGCUUAUAGAAAAUGUGAGUUACUUUGGGCAUGUGCAACAAAUAAAGUCUCUCUAGCUUUGGGUUAAUAAAGAUUUGGUCUCAAUUUAAAGGGCCCAUACCACAAAUUAUGAUGUGUCUGAUGUCACCAUUUAUGGACCAUUUUUUGUUUACCUUGUGGCAGAAUGGUACUUUUCAAAAGAAAUGGGUAAAAUGAAAUUAAUAUAGAAAAUUCUACUUGGAUAUUAAGUAUUAGUAAUACUGAUACAUUUUACAUAAAGAUUUUUUACUUUAAAGCACUUUUACUUUCAUGUAAAAAAUAACGACUGUAUAAUUGCAAAGGGAAGACUUAAACUAUUUGACACCUUAUGUCUCUGUUGUAUCUUCUCUUUAAACUUGGACCAAUUCCUAGUGGCUGUUAGUUCAUAUUACAAAAUUCUGACAUUCCUAAAAGAAGAAUCUAUAUAGAGAUCAAGAAUUCAAAAGAUACAUUCUCUCCUGAGCUCAAAAAAGCUUUUAUUUUUACCAUGUGGAACAGUAUAAAGUUGACAUUAAAUUACAUCCUGUACUGUGUUCAUUCACUUCAGAAAUAUCAAAACAUAUAAAAAAUACUGAAUUUUGAAUGGUUGGAGACUACUCUAAAACUUGUAUACAGCACUCAUAAUCCAAAAAUACUCAUAUUAAGCCUUAUACAUUUGAAGAGUAGUGGUACAUUUUGUAUAAAAAUCAUAUUUUAUAACAUUAUUUCUACAUACCUACUUUUCAUCUACUGAAUUUCUUCUUAGAGCUCUAGCUCAAGACUUUAAAUUGUGUAGAAUAAGUCCUAUUAUUUUUGAAAGUGUUUAGUAACUUGUAGUAAGGAAUUCAAGACUGCAUCCUCUAUAAGCUUUGUGGUAUUCAGAUUUACUUUACACUGCCCUUCAUUUUUAUAAACCAAAUAACUUUAUUAUUGCUUUUGUAGUUGUUAAAACUGAGAAUUUCUUUAAAAAUGUGUUUGUAGUUUAUGUUUUUCAGAGGGUUUUGGUAGUAUUUGUGAUAAAAUGGUUUUGCAUAUGAUUAUUAUAGGGAAUAUAUUUAUAGAGUUCUACUUGUGUACUUUGUUGAAUUAUAUUGAAAAUUAAAAGUUCUCAGUCCAUACAGUUAAUAUUUGUAUCUAGAGUGCAUAAGAAAAAUCUGUCUUCUAUUUUUGGCGUAUAGAAGCCAGUGUUGCUUCUAUUUUUUUUUUUUUUAAUACAAAUUCCAUUUUUCUUUGCGUUUUAGACCCUAUGUAAGAAACAGCUUUACAAAAUAAUAUGCUGGUGAUAUUUGGACAAGUACCAUAAAUUCAUGUAUACUGUACAGUACUUUCUGGAUACAUUUUCUCUAAUCAUAGUAGAAUUUGUUUCAAAACUGCAACUCUUUGAAGUGUUCAGCUGUAAUAAAAUUUAGUUAUAAAAUACAUGGCACUGUUGAAAAUCUAAAGGAUAGUCCAAAGAAAGACAAAUAUUAAUAGUAAUGUUUUAUAUUUUCUGAAUAAAUGUUUGGGUUUAUCCACACACAUACGCAAUCGUUUGAAAUGCUAAGUAAGAAUUGAUUAUAGUGUCUUUACUUUUCAUUUAAUUAUAUCUUAGUAAAAAGUUAAUACAGCAAUUUCUUUUUUCUUGUUUUUAUUUUUUUCAUAUGGCAGUGUUUCUGAACAUGCUUAUCCUUUGAUUUACCUCUGAUUUGGUUUUCCAUUGUAAUCUUUAGGCUUCUUAGGAGGAUCCUAUUUGAUUUGAUGGAAAAACUGGAAUAAUAGUUCAGACUUUUUUGAGCAUUGACUUGACACUGCUUUAUAAGUUUUAUAUGAUUCACUCAUAAUCACAACAGCUGUAUGAGAUAAAUACCACUGCAGAUAAGGAAAGAGAGAUGCAGAGAGGUUCAGUGAUUGCAUUAGGUCACACAGCUAUUAGAUUUUGGGAGUCGUUGGUGGCUGGACUCCACACUGCCUCUCCCUGUUAUGCUUUUUGGAAGAAGUCUUUGACAGAUAAUAUGCUAAACUAAGAUAAUGUUUAGAGGGAAAGGAGAAAAUAGAAUUAGGAAAAUAAAUGAUUAUAAGUGAAAAUGGGUUCUGUGUCUUAGUGGAAAUUGACACUUGUGCUAGUUCCUUGAGAAAUUGUCUUCUGGGUAUAUCUCUAUUCAGGAUUCACUUUGGUUAUAGCAUUGUUUCUUGAACCAUUUAAGGGAGGAUACUUAUGGGUGAGAUUGUUAAUAAAGCAAAUGUUUUACA